AAGACACCACGCAGACAGACCCGCGCACAGAGACCCACCUGUACUCACCUGAGCAUCAACGGGAUCACGGCUGCAUGGAGCUCCGCUUAUGAAAACUACACUAAGGGCCCAGCCAGGGUGUCAAGUGUGCGCAUGUACAUUCACAAAGGCUGUGAGAAAAAUAUCCACCUGACAAGAGAGAUAGGAAUACUGAAAAGAAGUUGAUAAAGAGGAUGGCGAUGUUGAUGAUGCUGUGCUUAAGCAUCGGCUGGUCCAUGGCAUUCACAGAGGGCACGAAUACUGGAUCCAAUUACUGCUUGUUUAAUGGAACGACUCGUUAUUACAUAUGCCUGGGCAACAAGGUCCAUGAGAUGCCAGCUAAUAUAUCGAAAAAUACAACAUUUGUGGAGAUCAAGCUUACUCAGAUCAGAAGGUUUCAACGAGAAGCCCUUUCUCAACUACACGAGCUGAAGAGAAUAGUUGUGUCAGAAAAUGGUGCCCUUGAACUAAUUGAAGCCUAUGCCUUUUCUAACCUCAUAGAGCUACAGGAAAUAACUAUCACAAAAUCGAAAAAUCUCGUCAUUCACGAAGAUGCUUUUUGGAGCCUUCCAAAACUACGUUAUCUGACUAUAUCAAACACUGGGCUUAAAACCCUACCUGAUUUCUCAAAAAUCAACUCUGCUGCUCCUGAAUUUCUGUUUGAUCUACAAGAUAACAUGCACAUUGAGAGGAUCCCCAGUAAUGCCUUCCUAGGACUAACCAACGCUACCAUAACCGAACUGAGAUUAACAAAGAAUGGGAUACGCGAGAUAGACCGCUAUGCAUUCAAUGGUACCAGAAUAGAAAAACUCUUUCUCAUGGGAAACCAGCAGCUGAGUCGUAUCCACAGUUACGCUUUUAUAGGAGCUGAAGGCCCCAUCGUUCUGGACAUCUCUCGUACUUCCGUCCAUACCCUGCCAGAGAGCAUGCUGAGGACCCUUAAGCUCCUGACGGCCGUCUCUGUCUACUCUCUGAGGAAGCUCCCCAGUCUGGAGCUGUUUUCUGAGCUCACACAGGCCAACCUGACCUACCCCAGCCACUGCUGUGCCUUCAAAAACUUCAAAAAGCACAAGUCUGUAAAGAAUCAGAUGUGCAACGAUCCAGGUGCCCUCCGACUGGAGCCGUAUUUUUACGAAGACUACUGUAAAGAUGUCGUAGAGGUGACGUGCUACCCCAAACCGGAUGCCUUCAACCCCUGCGAGGACAUCAUGGGAUUUACCUUCCUACGUGUUCUGAUCUGGUUGAUCAGCGUGCUGGCCAUCUUGGGCAAUUGCGCCGUUCUUGUGGUGCUCCUCACCAGCCGCUACAAACUGACCGUUCCCAGGUUUCUAAUGUGCCACCUGGCUUUCGCAGACCUCUGCAUGGGCGCUUACCUGUUGCUUAUCGCUGCUGUGGACAUUCACACAGAGUCUCGCUAUUACAACUACGGUAUUGACUGGCAGAUGGGAGCAGGGUGCCACGUGGCAGGAUUCCUCACGGUGUUCUCCAGCGAGCUGUCCGUUUACACGCUGACGGCCAUCACUCUGGAGCGCUGGCACACCAUCACUUAUGCCAUGCAGCUGGAGCGCCAACUGCAUCUGCGUCACGCAUGCGCAAUAAUGGCAGCGGGCUGGCUUUUCGCCCUGCUGACCGCUCUGAUGCCCAUGUUGGGAGUAAGCAGCUACAGGAAGACCAGCAUCUGCCUGCCUAUGGAUGUGGAGACGGGUCUUUCCCAAGGUUUCGUGGUGCUGUUGCUCAUCCUCAACGUGGCCGCUUUUCUGAUAGUGUGCGUAUGUUACCUGCGAAUCUACCUGACGGUACGCAAUCCGGCUUUCGUUCCGGCCAACGCGGACAUGCGCAUAGCCAAGCGGAUGGCUGUGCUCAUCUUCACAGAUUUCCUGUGCAUGGCACCCAUCUCCUUUUUCGCCAUCUCUGCAGCUUUAAAACUACCACUAAUAACUGUCUCUCAUGCCAAAGUCUUGCUGGUGCUAUUUUACCCCAUCAAUUCCUGCUCUAAUCCCUUUCUGUACGCAUUCUUCACAAAAACCUUCAAGAGGGAUUUCUUCAUUCUUACCAGCAGGUUCGGAUGCUUUAAAACCCGCGCCCACAUCUACCGCACAGAGAUCUCUUCGGGUCAAAACGGAGCUGCUGUGCCUUCGCCGAAGACUAGUGAUGGUACGCUGUACUCUCUGGUGCAGAUCGCCCAAGUGCAUUAAUAUUGGAUCUGUCCACCAUAAGUCAACUGAAAAUAUACGCUGAUGUGCGAAAAUGAGGAAAAAUAAGAAAUAUAGUAAAUCAUGCUUUGGACAAAGUUUGGUUGACAUGAAAUUCUGAAAGGAUUGUCCUAUAGGUGAAUUGGGGUAAAUGCAUCUUGGCCUGAUGUAAAUAAUAUUGUGAAAUUAUCCUGCUUGACUUUUAACAGAUUCAGAUCUUAAAGUGAUUACACCAUUCACAAGAUGCUGCUUGAUUGACUUUUAACAGGGUCUAUAUGUAUUACUGUAAAAAAUACUUUAUUUUACUACAAAUUCUGUACAUCAUCUAAUUUUUCAACCUGUAGCAUUUAGAUUUUUUAUGAUUAUGAUAUGAUACACAUAUGGUUGCAUAGUGGUCAAAUUGUUCAAUAUUUGCUUUUUUAAUACAUGAAGUGUGUGGUACAAAAUGGACAAAACACUAAACCUUAAGGUAUUUCUUGGACAAAAUAAAAUGCCAAAAAAACAACCACAGAAUAUUUGGUAAUCUGGAUUUCGUUUAGUCACAAUGGUGAUAGUAGUCUUAUUUUCCCCCAUGGUGUAGGCCUAUAUCCGAGUGAAUCAGCUUUUAAAAUUAAAAAAAUGUAGGGCUGGAUCGUUGAAAGUUGUGUCAUGUUGCUACUUGUUUAUCGCUGCAAUCUUUUCCCAGGCAACGCCCACCUGCCAUACCGUACGACCGGAAGUAAACCCAACUGAAAAAUCCAGCUAAGACCAACAUAAGCUGGUUAGCUAGUCUCCCAGCUUGGUUUUAGCUGGUGUUGCUGGUUAGGCAAGCUGGUCUAGCUGUGUUUUGGUCACUAUUUAAGCUGAUCUACCUGGACUUAGCUGGUCAGGCUGGAAGCCCAGCUGACCCACCAGCAUGACCAGCUAUGCCAGGUUGGGAGGAACCUGGGAGCUUAAACCAGCUACUGCCACCUUAAACCAGUAAAAAAACAGCUACCAGCUUAUGCUGGUCUUAGCUGGAUUUUUCAGUAGGGAAGAGAGAUUGUGUCAAGGAGAUUUGCAUUUCUGAUUAAAGAUUAUGAGGGCACGUUAAU